AUGGUUCAAGGCCAGUUCCUUCAAUUCCUUAUGAAGAUAACCAGACCUCAACAUGUGCUUGAGCUGGGAUGUUUCAUGGGAUACAGUGCCAUGGCCAUGGCCGACGGCAUGCCUGUAGGCUCUACUCUGUACACUUGUGAGAUUGACUCCAAAGCUGCAGAGCUAUCUCAAGAACUGUUCAAGGAGCAUGGCUAUCACUCUUCUUCUAAUUCUGCCAAUAUACAGCUGUUGAAAGGCCCUGCCAUGAGCAGUUUACAAGAACUAGCCAAGAAAAACAUCAAGUUUGAUGCUAUAUUUCUUGACGCUGAUAAAGGAGGCUACAUCAAGUACUAUGAUUUCAUUAUGGAUAACGACAUGUUAGCCGAGAACGGUUACAUCCUCGCAGACAAUACCCUCUACUAUGGCCUAGUUCUGGACGCGGAUAAGAGACACAAAGCUACUGGUUCCACUGCUGCUGCUUCUGAUGUUGACACCACUGCUACUACAAAGCCAUCAUUAACUCUUUCACAACAAUCCAUAAAAUUCAAUGAUCCAGCCUACAAGCAAGCUGUCGGGGAUAAGAUUGAUAAAUUUAACAAACAUGUCGUCAAUGAUCCUCGUGCAACCGUGGUCCUUCUACCUGCAUUCGAUGGCUUGGGGAUCAUCAUGAAAAAGAAGUAA